GCGACGGACGAGUUCACAGAGACGGUGGCGUGGGGCGCCACGACCGAAGUAUCUGCAGAGGAGAUCGUAGAGAAGAGCAGACUGGUGCGCGAGAUCCAGAAUCAGCAGAGCAGUCUAAAGGCCCUGCUGGCGCGAGUGAUGGCUGUCAAGGCGGACUGCACCAAAGCGGAAGCGGACAACGAGAUGCUGCAAACGUACAUCGAUAGCGUCACAAAGAGUCUGGCUGCCAGG